UUGGACAACCUAUUCCAGUACCUCACCCCCAUCGCAGUAAAGAUUUUCUUACAUAUACCUAACCUCGUUUUCCCAUCUUUAAGUCUGUGCCCUUUGUUCUGUCACUCCAGUUCCUGAGAGAGUCCCUCUCCAGGUUCCUUCUAAGUCCCCUUCAGAUACUGGAUGGUUGCUAAGUCCCCUUCUGAAUCCUUCUCAAGCCGACAGAACCUAAGGAUCCUAGUCAGUCUCAAAAUUCUGACAGUCCAGCUCAGUUGGGUGGGAUAUCUGUGGCUUCAGUCUGUCCCAAAGUUGAGCUGCCACACGGAGCACCGUCAUCGCGAUCUCAGAGGUGGAAGUCUGCUCUUCCUUCUUGCAGGUACCCCGAAAAUAUCACCCCAGAGAGCGAAGAUGUGGAGCCCAAGCCCAUGGUCAUUGGCACCAACAAUGUUUUUGAGGUCGGGUGCUAUUCCCAAGCCAUGAAGGUGGGGGACAACAACGUCAUCGAAUCCAAAGCGUUUGUCGGCAGGAACGUGAUCCUGACCAGCGGCUGCAUCAUCGGCGCCUGCUGCAACGUGAACACCUACGAGGUGAUCCCGGAGAACACCGUCAUCUACGGCGCCGACUGCCUGCGGCGCGUGCAGACCGAGCGGCCGCAGCCCCAGACGCUGCAGCUGGAUUUCCUGAUGAAGAUCCUGCCCAACUACCACCACCUGAAGAAGACCAUGAAGGCCGCGGCCACGCCUGUCAAGAGCUGAGCGCCCAGCUGGUGCUUCCAGAGGUUGGUCCUGGGAAGCGCUGCACGCUGCGGGAAGAGUCCGGUCUCCACGUCCCUCAUUCCAGCAAAGCGUUUCUUCCUUGUUUGUGUCAUUUAUUUAUCUUCCACUGGGAAUCUGGGACCUGCUUCGAGUCUGCUGUCUCUCGCUCGUUAACUCUGUUGUUCGUGCUCUGUUUCGGGAAUAAAAUAUCUCCUGCUCCGCUGUC